AGCUCCUCCGCUUUUUUGGCAGAGAUGCACCAGAAUUGGAGAGAGCAGCAAGGGAGAGAAAUUAAAAAAAGGGAAAAAAAAUACAGCCCAAUAGCCUGGAGAGGCUUGUGUGUUUGCCCUUUCGUCAUGACGUAGUGUCCUGUGCCUCGCUCUCCCCCCUUCUCUCACUCGUUUUCCCCUCCCUCCUUCCAACCCCCACCCCCCCUUCCCCUCACAUCCUUGGAAGCAACAAUUAAGCAGCUCUGGGAUAAAACACACUGACUGCGAGAGCACGGGGGCAUUGCUUCAAGAGAUGGCAAGGCAGCCAGCUGCACCCCUCUUUCCCGGAGUCCUCCUCCUCUUCUCCAUCCUCCCAGCUUCUCAGCAAGGAGGGAUCCCUGGUGCUAUUCCUGGAGGGGGAGUUCCAGGAGGAGGCUUUUUCCCAGGUGCUGGGGUCGGCGGUUUGGGAGCAGGACUUGGUGCUGCAGGGAAACCUCUCAAACCAGGGGUCGGAGGCCUCGGGGGACUCGGCCCGCUUGGCCUGCAGCCAGGUGCUGCAGGCCUCUUCCCAGGAGGCGUCUUCCCUGGUGGUGUCUUCCCAGGUGCUCCAUCUGCAGCUGCUCUUAAGGCUGCUGCAAAAGCUGUGCCCCCAGGUGCUGGAAUUGGUGGCGUGGGUGGAGUCGGUGGUCCUGGUGACCUUGGGGUCUCCACAGGUGCAGUGGUGCCCCCGGGUGGGGUGCAGCCUGGGGCUGGUGCGGCAGGGAAACCCCCCAAAGUACCAGGUGCUGGGAUUCCUGGUGCGUUUCCAGGCGGUGUGCUCCCCGGAGCAGGUGUCCGCUUCCCUGGCAUAGGGGUGCUGCCUGGAGUACCAACUGGUGCUGGAGUCAAGCCAAAAGCCCCAGGAGUGGGAGGAGCCUUUGCAGGAAUCCCUGGACUGGGAGGCUUUGGAGGCCCGCAGCCCGGUGUCCCUCUGGGGUAUCCCAUCAAAGCUCCUAAGCUCCCAGGUGGCUAUGGAUUGCCCUACAGCACUGGUAAGCUGCCCUAUGGGCUUGGACCUGGCGGGAUAGGAGUGGGACUCGGAGCAGCAGGAAAGGCAGGAUUCCCCACAGGGACAGGAGUUGGAGCGCAGGCAGCAGCAGCGAAAGCAGCAGCUAAAUAUGGAGCUGGUGUCCUGCCUGGGGCUGGCAUUCCGGGAGUUGGCGGGGUAGUGCCUGGUGUCGGAGCUGUCCCAGGAGUUGGAGUUGGAGCGCCAGCAGCUGCAGCUGCAGCAGCAAAGGCGGCAGCGAAAGCGGGAGUGUAUGGUGCAGGGGUCCUGCCUGGGGUUGGCGGUGUCCCAGGCCUAGUGCCCGGCGUUGGUGGAGUCCCUGGCUUGGUGCCCGGCGUCGCAGGUGUCCCUGGGGUGGCAGGAGUUGGGGCGCCAGCAGCAGCAGCAGCAGCGGCAAAGGCAGCUAAGUUUGGAGCCGGUGUUGGUGUUCCUGGAGUGCCCGGUGUGCCUGGCGUGCCCGGCGUGCCCGGCGUGCCCGGUGUGCCUGUCGUGCCCGGUGUGCCUGUCGUGCCUGGCGUGCCUGGCGUGCCCGGCGUGCCCGGUGUGCCCGGUGUGGCUGGGGUCCCCGGUGUGGUGCCCGGUGUCGGUGCUGUCCCAGGAGCAGUAGGUGCUCCAGCAGCUGCCGCAGCUGCAGCGAAGGCUGCAGCGAAAGCCGCAGCAUUUGGAGCAGGGCGCCUGCCAGGAGUCGGCGUGCCUGGUGAGGUUGGUGCUCUGGUGCCUGGAGGAAUAGCAGGAGUCGGAGCCCCAGCUGCAGCAGCCGCUGCUGCCAAAGCAGCCGCCAAAGCAGCCAAGUAUGGAGUAGGUGGCCUGGCUCCCGGCGUGGGUGGCCUGGCUCCUGGUGUAGGUGGCCUGGCUCCUGGUGUGGGUGGCCUGGUCCCUGGCGUGGGUGGCCUGGCCCCUGGUGUUGGUGCCAUCCCAGGAGUCGGAGCUCCGGCAGCAGCGGCAAAAGCAGCAGCUAAGGCAGCCAAAUUUGGUGCUGGGGUCGGAGGGGUGCCAGGAGUGGUGCCUGGGGCGGCUGGAGUGCCAGGAGUGACUCCCGGAGUCGGUGCUGUGCCAGGUUUGGUGCCGGGUGUGGGAGUACCCGGUACUGGCAUUCUCCCUGGAGCAGGCAUCCCCCAGAUAGGGGUGCAGCCUGGUGCUAAGCCUGCCAAAUUCGGAGUUCCCGGGGUUGGAGUCCCAGGGGUCGGCGGCCUCCCAGGUGCUCUCGGAGUGGGUGGCCUUGGAGUUGGCGGCCUUGUACCUGGUGGGCUAGGGGCCGGGCUCUUGUUUCCUGGGGCUGCUGGCAAACCUCCCAAAGCAGGUUUCGGUGCUGCAGGGCUGCCAGGGGUUGGAGUUCCUGGUUUUGGUGUGUCACCGAUAUUUCCAGGUGGGGUCGCUGGCCAGCUGGGAUUCGCCGGAAAGCCCGCCAAGACCUUCGGUGGGGCCCUGGGAGCCCUGGGAUUCAGAGGCGGAGUCGGCUGCGCACAAGGGAAGUACUGCGGCAGGAAGCGGAAGUAGCCCCCCCGCCGGCGGACCGUUCACCUCAUGAACUUUGGUGCUACUGCAUGGUAUAGAAUGUAAAUCUAAGCAAAAGCAGAGAUCCCCCCCCGCCCCUGCGCCCCCCCCGGCCCCCUCCGGGGCCGCCCAGGCCCGCACACUCCCGGGAGCGACCCCCGGGCCUCCGGCAUCGCUCGGCACCGCUGAAGCUCCGCGGCAGCGCCAGGGGCCCGGCCGUCCCGGGAGCCCUCUCUCCCCCCGGCAGGAAGCGCGGAAUAAACUGCGGGGAGCAGCGUUCCCCAUUGGUGCUAUGGCUCCCUGCGGGGAGGGCCUGGGCGCCCCCGCGCCGGCGCCGGCGCUUCUCCAAGGAAGGGUGGCAAGAGCGAGGCCCCGAGGAUAAGAGCUCCCGGCCCCGGCGGAGCGGGAGGCGUGGGCGCGACCCGGCGCUCCCCCCCUCCUUCCCCCUCGCUCCGGCCGGGCUCGGCGCGCGGCCCGCGGCUCCCGGUGGCGGGCGAAGUGGGGUCUCGUCGCCGGAGGCCCGCUCUCCCGGAGAGCGCCCGAGGCGCCGCGGCCUUCGCGGGCCAGGCUUGGGCGGCGGCAGCCGGUCUCCGAGGCUGAGGGGCUCCGCGCCGCCACGCGCCCCCCACCGCGGCCCCCAGCGCUGCCCCUUGCUGGGUGCCGGGCGUCCCGGAGAGCCGCGGGCCGGGAAGGAUUCGCCUCUCCUCAUGUUACUCACUUUGAUAUAACUCGGAUGGGACACCUUAUAAAGAGGGAAAACUGCUUCCAAACAGACUAAUAAAGGACAAGUUUUUAAAGGA